GCGGCCCGCCUAUCCCUUUAAGACCCGUGUCCGGCGUUCCCGGCGGAGGUCAGCAAGGCCCGGGGCCGCCGAGCGAUCCCCUCGGAGCCCGCGUCCCGCUCCCCGAUGUGUCGGAGUCCGCGGCCUCGGCCGCCUCGGGCCCCCCGGCCGCCGCCCGGGCUGCUGCUGCUACUGCUGGCGCUGCUGCUGGACCGGCCGAGCCCCGCCGCUGCCUACUUCCCCGAGGAACGCUGGAGCCCCGAAUCUCCGCUGCAGGCGCCCCGAGUGCUGGUGGCCCUGCUCGCUCGGAACGCGGCGCACUCGCUGCCGCCGGCGCUGGGGGCCCUGGAGCGGCUGCGGCACCCCAAGGAGAGGAUCGCGCUCUGGGUGGCUACAGACCACAGUGUUGACAACACUACGGCGGUACUGCGGGAGUGGCUGGUCAAUGUGCAGAGCCUGUACCACUAUGUGGAGUGGCGGCCCAUGGAGGAGCCCAGGUCCUAUCCAGAUGAGGAGGGCCCUAAGCACUGGUCAAAUUCUCGUUAUGAACACGUGAUGAAACUCAGACAGGCCGCACUGAAGUCUGCCCGGGAUAUGUGGGCUGACUAUAUCCUGUUUGUGGAUGCCGAUAAUCUCCUGAUAAACCCAGACACCUUGGCCCUGCUGAUCUCCGAGAACAAAACUGUGGUGGCCCCGAUGCUGGAUUCCAGAGCCGCCUACUCCAACUUCUGGUGUGGCAUGACUUCUCAGGGCUACUACAAGCGCACACCCGCAUACAUUCCCAUAAGGAAGCGGGAUCGCCGCGGCUGCUUUGCGGUCCCCAUGGUGCACUCCACCUUUCUGAUUGACCUGCGGAAAGCGGCUUCUCGGGAGCUCGCCUUCUACCCACCGCACCCUGACUACACCUGGUCUUUUGAUGACAUCAUCGUCUUUGCUUUCUCCUGUAAGCAGGCAGAAGUUCAAAUGUUUGUCUGCAACAAGGAGGUUUAUGGCUUUCUGCCUGUGCCGCUGCGGGCCCACAGCUCUCUGCGGGAUGAGAUGGAGAGCUUCAUGCAUGUCCAGCUCGAGAUUCUGGUGAAGCACCCUCCAGUGGAACCUUCCCAGUUUACCUCAGUCCAGGCCAAGAUCCCUGACAAGAUGGGCUUUGAUGAGGUCUUCAUGAUUAACCUGAAGCGCCGCCUGGACCGGCGAGAGCGAAUGCUGAGGACAUUAUAUGAGCAGCAGAUCGACUAUAAAGUCGUAGAGGCAGUGGAUGGAAAGGCGAUGAACACUAGUCAGGUGGAAGCCAUGGGGAUUCAAAUGCUGCCUGGUUACCAGGAUCCCUACCAUAGUCGUCCACUCACUAAAGGGGAGCUGGGUUGCUUUCUCAGUCACUAUAAAAUCUGGAAGGAGGUCGUGGAGCGGGGCUUGGAGAAAUCUAUCGUGUUUGAGGAUGACCUUCGCUUUGAGAUUUUCUUUAAGAGACGCCUGAUGAACCUGAUGUAUGACAUAGAGGAAGAAGGCCUAGACUGGGAUCUGAUCUACAUAGGGAGGAAGCGGAUGCAGGUGGAGCACUCGGAGAAGGCAGUGCCGCACGUGCGGAACCUGGUAGAAGCUGACUACUCUUAUUGGACGCUGGCAUACGUCAUCUCCCUCCAGGGAGCCCGCAAGCUGCUGGCAGCCAAGCCACUCUCCAAGAUGCUGCCCGUGGAUGAGUUCCUGCCUGUAAUGUUUGACAAACAUCCCGUCUUGGAAUACAAGGAGCACUUUGAGAACCGAAACCUGCUGGCGUUCUCUGUGGAGCCGCUCCUCGUCUUCCCUACCCAUUACACUGGGGACGAUGGCUACAUCAGCGACACGGAGACCUCGGUCGUGUGGAACAAUGAGCAAGUGAAGACGGACUGGGACCGGGCCAAGUCGCAGAAGAUGAAGGAGCAGCAGGAGCUGAGCAACGAGGCCAAGAACUCGGAUGUGCUACAGUCACCGCUCGACAGCGCAGCCCGGGAUGAGCUAUGACCGGGGGUGGGUCGGCCUGCCGCCCCCUCAGGGAGCUCUGAGGAGGACAGACAGACAGCUGAGAGGCAGAACCCGUGCGCCAUUCAGGAUGACCAUUGAAGGUAGGGACAGCUCCUUGGCCUUGGACUCCAUCACCCUCUCCGGACCGUGGGCUACUUUGGGGAGUUGCUGCAUCUGAGGCAUCCGCUAUGCUGUUUCCCUGUAAGUGGAGGAGUUAUAUUCUUCGCUCGGGAUCCCCAGGUUCCUGCCUGGACUCCCUAGUGGGUCUGGGGCCGUCCCAGGCUGGUUCCGAGCCUCCAUCUUGUAGCUCUGCAGAUCAGCUGAGGAGACCGUCAUUGGUCACGAAAGAGUAGUGUCUCCCGGGGAUGAUCGCAGCUGCGGUCGAGUAGCCAGUCACCAGGCAGUCAUCCAUCUCACACCAAAGAAAUGAAAUAAAAGCCAACCACCUCCACCAGCACAUACCAAGGGCACCUCCGAGGCUUGGUGGGAA